AGGAGACACCGUUAGGGAGAAAUCGAGCUCUCCCAGGGGAGUUCAGACUCUCAGUGGGAGCAGGCACUCAGAGACCCUGCUGGGAAGGAAGCGAACAGCCACAAAUGUUCGUCAUUUGGAAAGACGGCAGUUCGGGAGGAGGAAAUUUACCGCUGGAAGACACUCAUCGGCAACGUGAGGCAAGAGGGCGCGCGCGAGGAGAUGCAAAGCAAAGAUGAAGACAAGCACUCUCCCCGAGAGAGGUGAAACGAGGCAAACGAGAAGAGACUGACUGACAUUGAACAUACUCAGAGGUCAGGAUGGAGUUUCGAACAUUUUUUCGAAAACGGCUGUGAAGAAAGAGAGAAGUACAAGAAAGUCAACCAACGUGAAAGAAGUCAGUCCCAGAAAAAUCCCAGUCAGGAGAAAGACAGACAAACCCUGGAGUCAUUCACGAGGGCUCUCCGCAUCCCAGUAGGUAAAAUGUCAAAGUCCUCUUCCCGUCUGGGUCGACCCGGAUCAGCAGGACCCCAGAACUGCAGUUUAAGAAAGGACCUCCAAGGUAACCGCUCAUGCAUGCUGCGCAUCGGAGAGAGGCUGAUGAGAGCAGGCAGUGAAGGAAACUUGCUCCGAAAACCCUUGCCGGCUCAGAGCCGGAACCAAAGCGAGGCUUCUGGAUUAGGACAAGGACAGAAUGGAGCAACAAAAGUUGAUGUUGUGGAGGACAAAGCCCCUGAGUCCGCAGGGAAGUAUUGUCAUGAAGACAUAAAAAGCGAGCAUCAGCUCCCGAAGAAACAUCCCAUGAACAACAAGCUUCUGCGCAAGCCGGAUGCAACUUGCGCUCUACCCGGAAGUUAUGCUGCCAGCAGUCGGGACAGCGACCUGGAGAGCCUGCUAAUGCAGCACUCUGAAGCGGAGAGAAAGAAGGACGUGUUCCUGAAUCACCUCGGGCAGAAGUUUCCGCACCAUGCAGCCACCAUCCUGGGACAUCAGGAACACACGAGAGAGCAGUUGAGGAGCUCUCGACCUCCUGAAAGCACCACCUGUGAAGGUGUGUUUGCUGCAGAGAACAUGUCUGACGGAGAGUCGCUGACUCUGACAGUUCCUUUCUCAAGGGGUUGUAAAGCCCGAUCAAGUCUACCGAUUGGACGGUCGAGUAGUCAGGCGAAAGAGCCAGUUGGUGUGCUGUAUCUCCAGUUUGGAGACGAGACAAAGCAGAUCCGGAUGCCUGCAGAAAUCAGCAGUGAGGAUACUCUGCGGGCUCUCUUUGUUACUGCUUUUCCUCAGCAGCUCACCAUGAAGAAGCUUCAAUCUCCCAACAUGGCCAUUUACAUCAAAGACACAGGUCGCAAUGUUUACUUUGACCUGGAAGACAUCAGAAAUAUUACAUCCCACUCCUGUCUGAAGGUUUAUCAUAAAGAUCCAUCACAUGUGUUCAACUGCCACACUAGGCCUACCAACACAGAAGGAAGGAUCUCCAAAGAAAUAUUCUACGGAAGCCACAGUCCGGUCCACAGACUGUCGUCGUCCAGUCGUGGUACCUUUCAGAGCUUGCAAGGCUCCAUGUCUCCGCCCAUGGUGCGUUCCAUGCCCUCCUCUCCGUCCAGAAUGGCCUACGGUGGGAGGAGUACACAAGGCUUAGUGGGAGCGGUGGAUGCGGGUUCCACCGCAUUACACCGAGACCGGCUCUCAGGCGCAGGACCAUCCAGCUGUUUGUGCACCAGCAGCAGUGCCAUACUAGAGAGGAGAGACGUCAAGCCUGAUGAAGAUGUUGGCAGCUGCAAGAGCAUGGCCCUGGUCAUCCACGGAGAGGGAGGCCUAUGUUACCCAGACUCCUACUACUCCUCCCUCCAGGAUGGAGGGAGAUAUCCCGGAGGGAGGAGCAGCUUUGCUUCCGCCCAGUGUAGUGGCACGUUGUCCCAUGCUUCAGAAAUGGUAGAUGCUGAGGUCACUGGAAUUCCUGGGGGCUUGCAGCAGUACCGUGCUUCCAUCAAGCCCCUAAUGGGCUACGGGGACAUCAUGGAGCACCAAACGCAAUCCCUGGACAGACAAAAGAGUAGGAAAUAUGGUGAAAGCCAAAUUCCUCAGCUAGGAACAUUGCCUCCCUCCCCACACAGAUUGAAUGAAGUCAGGAUGAAAGAGGGACAGAUCAUUGGAGGCGUGGGUCUGGUCUCACCUGAGAGGAUGUCCCCGAUUCGUCGAUCCCCGCGGCGGGAAAAUGACGGGGCUACCGUGCAGAUUAUAAACAGAAGCAGAGGGAGCGGUUCGUCGUCGUCCGCUUCGUCCGUGUUUGCGGACAGCCCGCUGGGACAGCCCGAAAGGCUGAUUCAGGGUCACAUGACUGCCUUUGAUGCUCAGAGUGAGAGAAUGAAAGCAAUGGAGGAGCAGAUAGCCAGUCUCGCUGGGCUGGUUCACCAUGCGUUGUCUGUGGGAGGAGAUAUUCCGAGAGCUAAAAGACUUGCCAGUGAAAGCCCUUGGAAGAAUCACCCUGUUCCAUCCGAGCCGCAGGUGAACAGCGCCGUGACAGGCGGGAUCAGCUCCGCCUCGCGGGCCCUUCAGGCUCCGACCACCCAACGUGAGCUGCAGCGGUGCUUGGCGCAAGUGAAGAGCAAUGUGUCUGAACUACGACUGCAAUUAAAUCAACUCAGACAUUUACAGAUAUCACACCAGCAAACCGUGAAGUCCUUGUUGCACAUGGCUGGCCAGGAAUUGGCGUUGUUGAUGUGUGAUCGCUUGAGUCAGUCUGAGGAGAGGACAUGUGGACGAAGAGCUGAGAUAGAGGAGGAGAGGAUUCGUUACCUUGCUACAGAAGAGAAAAUACUCAAACAGCUCAGUGAACUGGAGGAUUAUGUGAACAACUUACAAUCAAGCACUGUUUCCCUCCCUGGCCAGUUGCCAAUCAAUCUGAGAGAUGUGGAGGAGGGAGCAGUGAACUUGCGCAGAGCCGGGGAGUCUCUGGCUAUUCUUAAAGGGGAGUUUCCAGAACUGCAGGUAAAGAUGCGUUCGGUGCUCAGGCUGGAGAUGGAUGCAGUUCGUUUUCUCAAGGAGGAGCCUCAUAAGAUGGACUACAUGUUAAAAAGAGUCAAAGCCCUAACUGAAGGUCUCAGCUCUCUACGCAGAUGCGUGUCAGAAUCAAAUCCCCCGUUCAAAGGCGCCCAAGCGGAACGGCUGAAAGUAUCUGAAGCGGACCAAAAGCAUCUGAUGACCCAGAGUCCUCAGACCUCACCACAACCGCAGCCUCGAUCGUCAGUCGGAGGCCCUCAAGCCAUUCCGUCGUCCUCUUUAACUCAGCCUAAGCUCAACUAUGCAGUCUCAGCUUCCCCAGCCACUGCGCACGGAGUUAAGACGACUCCAGCCACUGUGAUCCAGGCCCACCGGCACAGCCCACCACUGAACCACACCCAUGGGAGAGACCUACCAACUGUGGCCAAGUCAUGUGUUGUGAAGGUGAGUCCUCGCAGCAGAGAGGGCAGCCCUGCCCUGCAGAAGCGAGCCGCUCCUCUCCAGUCCGAUGAACUUCGCAGAGCAAGCGUGCCGCAAACCACACAGGGGAGUCACACAGCAAGCCAAGUCAAAACCCCUUCGGAAACCGCUGCCGAACCUGUCGAGAAUGCUGAUGGAGAAACUCCGGAAGGAAGUCUGAGUCAAGAAACCAGCAGUGUGAGCAAGCAUCUACCAAGCAAGCAUCUACCAAGCAAGUCCUCUCCCAAAAAUUUAGACGAGGUCCUGCAGGAGGCCCGGGCCAGUCUGAUGAAGUCCAUUCCCGAUCUGGAUUUGUCAGAUACCAAAGGGGGUCACUCAGAUUUGGCUCCUGGAGAGAUAAAUUGCUCGACUUCCAAGACAGAGAUGGAGGAACGUCUCGACACACUGCAAGCUCUGCUGUCUGGAACUCGGGAUCAAAAACCAGCACAGGAAAAUGAUGAAGUGGAUUUCUGCCAGCUGAAGCCCAAAGCAACAGUGGAACCGCCGCUAUCAGCUUCUCCAUGUGCCAAACGUCCACAGAUGGAAAAACCUAGACGCUCCAGUGUGGAAAAGAAGCAGAGUCCUGAUAGAAGUGGCCAGUCUCAUCCUCCUCUGCCAAGGUUGCAUGCAGCCACCGUCGGCCUAACCACAGGAAGGACUGGAGAGGUGGUCUAUAGUACCAGGAGAGAAGCUGUUGGAGAACAGGGUGUUAGCGAGAAAAAGACAUCUGUUAAUCCUCAACCAAAACCCCUGAGACAACCACCGGAGGUCAAACCCAAACCCAAACCUUCCGGCACCACCGUUGCCGGUGUCUCGGAAAACAUGGAGGAGGAGGAAGAUGCCAGUAAUAGAUUUCUGAAAGAACUGCAGGUGACACAAGAGACAUCAAGCAAAGAUAAAUUGUCUGGGGAAAAAAUUCUAUUGGAAGGACAACACGAGAUCCCUCAAAAAUCUCGGGUCACUGGGCAAAAACCCACAUCGGCGCCUCAUUUAGGACAUACUAAUGGUUGUCUUGAUAACCAUUCAAUUACUGUUGUACCAGAAGACGUCAGUGAAUCUCGACAAGGUCCUGUGGCUCCUGACCAGAAAGAAAAAGGGAAGUUGGUUGAACAAGGACCAAUAUCAAACUCAAAUAGUGGGACUCCUCCAACCACCACUCUGCAGAAAGACAAUAUCCAAUCAAAUGCCACCGCAAUACCUGGUCAGGUGGAUACAAAUGUUGCCAAAGAGGCACAAACUGAAAAGUCAAAUUUUACCCAAAAAACUUCACCAAAAAACAAAAACACUUCAGAGUAUUGUAAACAAGAAUUGGCAAAGAACAAGCAGGAAGCAAGCAAAAAUUCAGAUCUGUGUCAAAUCCAAGGGGUCAAGUUGCAGCUAUCUGACAAAGAACAAUGUCCAGAAGAAGAAGGUAGUUUGAGUCCUGAUAUUUGUGAUGAUGGAGGACCUCCUCCUCCACCAGCUCCAUCAGAUAAGAUUUCCCAUCAAAUCUCAAAGAUCAGAGUCAAGAGAAAAACUAAACAUCAAGAUCUGGAGAAAAGGAAGGGCUUUGACAUAGCAGGGGAGACAACAGAGAAACCCAUUUGGCAGGCUUAUGAGAACCGAGGUUUUGAACACCAUGAUUCUUGGGAAAGGGAGCCUAUCAUCAUCAUCUUGAAUGAGCCUGUGGACUUGGAGUCAGACUUUAAGCGCCUGUCAACCAUUUUUGAAUAUGAGGAGGAGCUUGACCAGAUUGUUUCUCCGGGGGGUAUUGUGGAAGACGAGGAGGCAAUGCAGGAAGAGACCGAUGAUGUUAAAACCGUGUCUGAAGAAAAUACAGGCUUACAUCUUAACAUUUCAGACAAUGGUCCAAAUUCUCUGUGUAAUCUACCUCAAAAAGAUGGCUCACUUGAUGAAAACCACGACAGGACUAAACCAGAAUUAGUCAAAAAGGCAAACUUUAAAUUCAAGUUACCCAAAAACAAAUUGUCAGCAAUUAGCCAGGCUAUUCGAUCAGGGACAACCAAAACCGGGGGGGGGACCCCUGAAGUGGAAGUCGUUAAAGAAGAGGAAACUGUGACAUCAGAGCAAGAGCCAGUGAAAGUGCCCAAGAAGCACAAUAAGGACUCAAGCAGGUUUAGCAGCCACAGUACCAAACGAAACCUCCGUAAGGGCAAUAAAGGCAAUCCUACUGAAAUAGGCACCUCUCCUGUUGGCGCGAACCAAAUACCCACCCCUAAGUCACUUAGCCCAGGAGAGGAUGUAGAAGACCUGUGCAAGAGACCAUAUCAGUCAUUCGCCGCUUCCAUUGAACCUUCACUUCCUUCUGAGUCCAGUGACGGGGCUCAUUUUUCAGGCAAGGUCAAGCAACAGAGAGAAGGGAGCCCAUCAAAGAGGUCAGCCUCGCAGAUCCUCAAGAGCCCAAAUUCGCCCCAGCGCAAAAGAGUCAAAGCACAGCCUCCACCAAACUCUGUGACGUCCACUACCAAGAAACAGACUUCCAGCUCUUGUAUUCGGCGAGCCCACACCAGGUUACGCCACUCUUCUCCCACUCCUGGCUCACCUGAAAAGACAACCAAAAUCCAGCAACAGGCUUCCCAGAAGCAACCCUGCCAGCAAAGUCUCUUCAGCAUCCAUCGCUAGCGGCAAGCGGGCGACCCCGAGCCUCGUCCGAUCAGGGUCUCGGAGCGGCAGCGCACGUCGGCGUCGUCGCCUCACACUCGCCACCGCCUCUCAGCUCACCUCUUACUCUUCGUCAUCGUCCCCGUCCUCUUCCUCCAACUCUCCGCUCUCUCCCUCGUCCUCCUUCCUUCGGCCGGUCGGAAGUCACGGCGGGAGGAGCGGUCGAGCGUCGGCGUCCGACCCCGGUUCUCCCGGUCGCGGCGAGAAAUUCAGCGGCGCCCGAAGCAGCCGGAGCCGGCACGCGGUGGCCGUGCCCACAAAAGAGACGCCGUGACAAGAUACGCAUCGCAACGACAACACAGUUUUGAACACGCAAAUAUCAACGCAGCACUGACAUGCGGACGCCGGGAAGAUUAGCCAAGUGCUCCGGCACAAGCCAAUUUGAAAUAGAUGAUCAAAUCAGUAGAAAAUUCAAAAUGAAAUCGAUAAUAGAAAUAUUGUGACUUUAAUAUACGAGGGGCAAGCUUAAUUUAUUACAACCUAUACAAUGUACUCUUAGAAAUGAAGCCCAAAAAAAGCAGGGAUUCCACUCUUCAACUUUUCGCAACGCUGACUGUCCAUCGAUGAGCAAGGGCACAUACGGACGGCAGCCGGCCUCGGAAGAUUCAGGAGGAGGCUGAAAGGCUGAAACCUUUUCAAAUAACCCUUCAAACAGGUAUAGGAGUAAAACCAAAAUGAAAAAAAUGAUAAGUUUGCAUUUCUAUGAAGUAAGAUGCUUCUUAAAGCUAUAGAAAUCCAAGUUUUGUGUAUGUGAAGCAAUUUGAAAGGCUCGCUAACCCCAAUGUCGAACAAACACUGGUUGGUCUUCAUGGCUAAAAACUGAAUUCCUAAUCAGUUUGUUUUGAGGAUUAGCGACUAUUACAGUUUGCAAGUUACAUUUAAUGAAAGGCAACUCGGGGAAUGUUGUUUAUUUCCCCCCCCAUUCUAGGUCCAUCCUAAAGCUGGAAUUGAAGCUUUAGGACAGACCUAGAAUGAAACUGCCUUUUUGCAUGUUUGAUCAUUUUGAUUCAGCUAAUUCCACAGGCCCUGGGGCCAAAUAAUGUGUUGUAUCAUGUAUUAUGUGACCACAAUGUGUUUUCUUCAGACUACUUUUGUGUGUGUGUGACAUUCAAGUGUGCGACGUCGUAACUGUAUUUCUAGAAACAUAAUUUACAGAUUCUAUGAGAUUGGGAUCAUGAGUGUGAAAAGUAGGUCCAACGACAAUUUUAUCAACUCAUGUAAAAUGAUCUAAAGUUCAGGUCUAUUUAUUUAUUUAUUUUUUGUACUGUAGUAUGCAAACUAUGACAUCUACAUGAUAGUACGUGUUCCCUCAGUUGUUUGCUUGUGUAGCCGAUGUGACUUUAAUAACCUUGAUGUUUUUCGUUCUGGUAACGUGAAACCCACCAAGUUUUAAGGAAAAAAAAACAAAAAGGGAUUUGCUUAUUAUCAUGAGAAAACAGAAGGAAAUCCUAAGGUAUCGUAGACAUAGACGCGCAUGCAAACUUAUACUAGUUAGACUGUAGUCGCUACCGAACAAAACUAUUUUGUAUUUCCUAUUUUUUUUUUCCCAUUGGACUGCAAAUCAUUGAGUUGAAUGGAAUACAUGGAUCGUAAAAUAGCCCACAUUUGACAAUCCUACUCGGUUGAUAUUGAUUCCUGAUGCGCUCUGACUUAAAGCGGCAAUAUGGAGGAAGCGGAAAAGCUGAAAAUCUUUGAUAGUGCCGCAUUUAAUUUGCAUACAGUGUAGUGGCUUCAAAAGGGUUACCCGGGGUAGCACAGAACCCCAUUUUCUUGACUGCUGCCGCAAAAAAAAAAAAAAAAAAAAAAAAAGAGUUUAAUUGAGCCUUUUUCGCCAAGUUGGACACUUUCAGGUCCUUCUGCAGCUGUCACUUUAAACUCGGUAAUUACAGUCCACGCGGUGAUAUUUCUAUCCCAGUUCGACAUGAAUGUCCAAUCUCCAUCAAUUCUAUGCUUUGUACAGCACUGUCAAUAUGCAACUGUGGAAAAACAAAAGUGAUGCGAGGAAACUUGGCCUUCAACCCCCCCCCCAGAUGUCUCAAAUGGACACAUGACAAUCGAGUCCUGCAAUUGGGAAUUGGGUUGGAGUGCUAGUUUUAGUUCAAUUUAAUGAGACCUAAUCAACACAUUUAGUUGUAAAAUUACAACGGAACACUGCAAUGCUGGACUGACAUCUUUUGUGAAACACACGGCGUUCAAUGUGAAAUUCACUUGAAUAGAGAGUAGAGUGUCUUCGGGUUUGCGGUUGCUCUGUUGGAAAUAUGUAAAUCUCUGCAUGCCUGUUGAGUGUUUCACCUCAUCUUUGAAAUAUUAAAACAUAUACUCGAAAAGAAGAGUAAAUAUGCAUUUGUUAUUUUACUGUGUAAAUUGUUACGACUUUCAGACGUGCAGUAGGUUGCAAAUUCAAGGUCUUCCAUCAUGUUGCAACAUUAGCUGCAACUACCACGGCUGUUCAGGAGGGGGCGCUGCAGACACACAAAGCUACAAGUCGCUAUGCGCCCCAUGUCCUUUAUUCAAUGUAGGAUAUUCCAGAUACAGAAAACUGACACUGGCUUAAAGGGAACCGAGCAUACUGUAAACAUAUCAAAUGUUUUCAAUCUGAAUAAAGCAACACGAACAUUUCUGCAUGUGAUCGUCAUGCAGGCGAAAUGUUUCGGGAAGGAUUUCACCAAUGAAAUGGAUUACGCAUCCUAAUGACGACGGAUUUGUCGGUCCAUCUUGACAUACGUGCACGUCAACCGGGUGUUUCCAACUACAAGUCAGCUUUUCAAAAUCACUGUGCUGUACGGUAUUGAUGUUCAUGUUGAUUAGAACGAGCGGCUACCCGCUCACAGAGCAAUUUCAAGGUGGAUUAUAUGAAUUGACGGACCACAUUAUUGGC